GAAAUUUAUGAGUUUGACCAAUUUGGUAUUUUGUUUGCAUUUCUAUUUUGGUGAUUGGAUAAACACUGUCCACAAUCCCAAGAACCACUCUCCUACUUAUACCAUUUUGCUAUUCUCUUCCUCUGUUUCUCUCUCUCUCUCUCUCUCCUCUCUCUCUCUCUUCAGAAACCAGAACAAAAAGUUUGGAUCUUCAAGACAAGAAACAAAAAUGUCGAAGAAACCAGAAGCCUCAAAGAAAACAGAUGAUGUUUUCGUUGGGUCGAUUGACCAAGGAACCACCAGCACCAGAUUCAUAAUCUAUGAUCGUUCGGCGCGCCCAGUUGGCUCUCACCAGGUCGAGUUCACUCAGUUUUACCCUGAAGCAGGAUGGGUUGAGCAUGAUGCAAUGGAGAUACUGGAGAGUGUAAGAGUGUGCAUGGCUAAGGCGCUGGACAAAGCCACGGCUGAUGGGCACAACGUGGACAGUGGGCUGAAGGCUAUUGGGUUGACUAAUCAGAGAGAGACGACUCUGAUUUGGAGCAAAUCCACCGGCUGUCCUCUUUACAAUGCUAUUGUUUGGAUGGAUGUACGUACUAGCUCUAUUUGCAGAAAAUUGGAGAAAGAAUUAUCUGGGGGAAGAACUCAUUUUUUGGAAACAUGUGGGUUGCCCAUAAGCACCUACUUCAGUGCUUUGAAGUUGCUCUGGUUGCUGGAAAAUGUGGAUAAAGUGAAAGAGGCUGUGAAAUCAGGGGAUGCUCUCUUUGGAACUAUAGACACUUGGUUAAUCUGGAAUUUAACUGGUGGUGUCAAGGGAGGGAUACAUGUUACUGAUGUCUCAAAUGCAUCACGGACAAUGCUUAUGAACCUGAAGACCCUUGAGUGGGAUAAUCCUACAUUGAAAACCUUAGGAAUUCCAGCUGAAUUUCUUCCCAAAAUUGUCAGUAACUCUGAGAUUAUUGGAAAAAUUUCCACGGGAUGGCCAAUUACUGGAGUCCCAAUUUCUGGAUGUCUUGGUGAUCAACAUGCAGCAAUGUUAGGGCAAGCUUGCAGGAGAGGAGAGGCCAAAAGCACAUAUGGGACGGGUGCUUUCAUACUUCUCAACACGGGUGAGGAGAUAAUUCGGUCAACGCAUGGGCUUCUAAGCACUGUGGCAUUCAAACUUGGCCCCAAAGCUCCUACAAACUAUGCCAUAGAGGGAUCAAUUGCUAUUGCUGGAGCUGCAGUUCAGUGGCUUAGAGACAGUCUUGGGAUUAUUAAGAGCGCAAAAGAGAUCGAGGAUUUGGCAUUGCAGGUUGAGUCCACUGGUGGGGUUUAUUUUGUGCCUGCCUUUAAUGGAUUAUUUGCUCCGUGGUGGCGUGAUGAUGCUCGUGGGGUUUGCAUUGGUAUUACAAGGUUUACAAACAAGGCUCACAUUUGUAGAGCAGUGCUUGAGAGUAUGGCCUUCCAGGUGAAAGAUGUGUUGGAUUCAAUGCACAAAGAUGCUGGAGAGAAGGGAGAGGUUAAGAAUGAGAAGGGGGAGUUCCUGCUCAGAGUGGAUGGUGGUGCUACUGUUAAUACCCUUCUAAUGCAGAUUCAGGCGGAUCUGUUGGGGAGCCCAGUGCUAAGACCAGCUGACAUUGAGACAACAGCUCUUGGAGCAGCCUAUGCUGCUGGAUUAGCUGUUGGCAUUUGGACCGAAAAGGAGAUUUUUGCUGGUGAAGAAAGGGCUAAGGUUGCCACCACCUUCCAUCCAAAAUUAGAUGAAGAGUUGAGGAAGAAGAAGUUGGAUUCAUGGUUCAAGGCUAUUUCAAGAACUUUCGACUUAGCUGAUCUUUCACUUUGAUAUUUUCAUAGAAUAUACAGGAGCAAAAUAAUCGCUAACUCUGACUGUUGUUGGCACGAGGACCAAAUCUUUGUUGGCACCAGCACAAAAGGACCAAAAGUUGGAAUGUCUUGCUCCUCACCUUCUGCACUUGUCAAUGCAUAGUUCAUCUAUUGAUAUGUUUCUGCAAGUCCCUAUUAGUUGGCGCUUGCGGCGAUUUGAUUUGCUCAAAGCCAUCUGAUGCUUCCUACUAGUAUAGUAAUAAUGCCAUAGUUUGGCUUCAAAGAAAUAAUGUGAUAGUUGCUCAACUGAAGAUCUUGAUUGUUUGGUAUCAAAUUGGUGAACUGCUUUUAGUGUUUCCUAUUAGAGAAUUACUACAGUGCUGUGAUAUAUACAGAAAAUUUACACCCCAAAAAAGAGGCACUUCAAUCUUGACAUUGCCAA